AUGCUUCAGUCAAUAGCUAAAUUUUCCAAUGACGCAGUCGGCCUAGAGAAGACGCUUAAGUUUACACAAUUCUCGUCGCAUGUCAUUGCCGCCCUCUCAGCGACGAGUCUCGAAGCCGCAAGGUGGAAUAAUACCAAGGCCAACAUCAAUACUGCGCGACGGUUCUUCCGUCUCUUCAAAUGGAUAGAUUGCUUCAAUGCCGCGCAAGCCCAGCUCUCCCCCCCGGCGACUGUCUCUCAGGAGAAGUCUAGCGAGCGCACGUCUGAAAAGACUAAGCAGCCGGCAGAUCCUCCUCGUCCAGAGUCGGAUAAUCUCAAGGUCUUCCUGACGGUCUCGAAAUUUUCAUUACUAGGAAUGUAUCUCUUUAUGGAGAUGUUUGUGAUAACCGACUCGAUUGGACUUACUUCUUACCCCUGGUCUGGAUCCCUGCAGAUCGAGGCGCUGAAAGUCUGGUUUUACUCACUCGCCGUCUCCAUUCUUCUCGGUCUUUACGAACUGUCGAUUCUCCCUAGCUCAAGCGCUCCUGAGGCCAAGGGAAAAGCCAAAUCGGCUCCUCCGGCCUCGCCGCCCCAAGACGAGUCGCAACCAAAACGACGCGCAAUUUACAAACAACUGGUUAUCGACAUGAGUGAUCUGAUCGUCCCUGGGCAUGUGGCGGGCUGGUUCCCGGUCGAUACCGUUACGGUUGGUGUCGCUGGUAGCAUAAGUGGGCUUUUGGGUGCUCAUUCGGCGUGGGAGAGAGUCAACGGACCAUUGCUCGGAUGGAAAUGGUAG